AUGGGUGGAAAGAAACCGAAGACUACGAAGACACCGAAGGCACCGAAGACACCGAAGACACCGAAGACACCGAAGACACCGAAGACACCGAAGACACCGAAGAAACCGAAGAAACCGAAGAAACCGAAUAAACCGAAAAAGCCGAAGAAACCGAGAAAGACGAAGAAACCAUACACUCGGCCACAGACACACACAGUGCAACGUGGCGCAUCAUCUUCGUUGCCAUUCGUCAAGCUCGUGACAACUGCUGAACAGGAAAACAAAUCCACGUUUCCAAUGACCACCUCAACUUCGCAUCGAAUUUCGUCCACCAUUGAAGCUACCUCCGCUGUGACAACAAGUAUUGAAGACUAG